AACUACUCAUAAACAGAUUUGUUGGAUAUGAUAUAAUUUUAAUCAACAGUUUAUUAAGUUCUCCUGGCCAAGGUAAACUGUCUGCUCUCUGGAUAAACUAAUUGACAAAAUUUUCCAUUAACCUUGAGUAUCUGUCACCCACAUUUUUCUUGAACCAUAAGCAUUUAAUUAUUUCUUGAAUAUUUUUGGAACUUAACCAUAGGUUAUCUGUAUAAUUACCAAAUAAAGGAAUUCUAUAACCUUAGCUAUGCACAAGAACCUCCAGAAGGCCCAGCUAGUUUUGGAGGUUUGUUGAUUUAUUCUGCUAUUUACUUUGUUGAGAACCUCUUAUUUAGAAAUAUUGUAUUUUGCAGUCUCUACUUUAACUAAUGGAUAUCUUCUAUUUGCCUACUGAUAUCCUGUAGGUCGUAGAGGAACUUGGCAUGAAAUUCAUAUUUAACUCUAGAUUUCAGAUUUCAAUGGCUUUUGACAUAUCGUCUUUGCAAAUUUUUACUCCUCAAGAACUGGACUACCUACUUUGUGGUCGUAGGGAGAUGUGGAAGGCUGAUACACUAGUUGACCAUAUAAAGUUUGACCAUGGAUACACUGCCAAGAGCCCUGCCAUAGUCAAUGUACAAUUUCUUUCUUGUGUUAGAAAAAAGGUGAUUGGAAAAUUAAGCUUUUGUCAACUGCAGCCAAUGCUUCGUCUAAUGGGAAUGGGCCUUCAGAAUUAGCAGAUGAUGACUUGCCAAGUGUGAUGACAUGUGUUAAUUACCUGAACCUUCCUCCUUAUUCUACCAAGGUAUAAUUCAUCAUAUAGAUUUGAUGAUUCAUUAUCAUGCUCAUUGAGGUUUCUUUUGGUACUGAUUUACAAUACCCCACAUUUUCUUGGCAGGAAAUUAUGUCCAACAAGCUACUCUAUGCAAUAAAAUGAGGGGCAGGGAUCCUUUGAUUUAUCAUGAGUCUCAUGAACUAAUCAAGCUGUCCCUGAAUGUUAAUAUGAUGAAUUAGGGCUUACUUUUGAUUUAUCAUGAGUCUCAUUUUAGCUAUUAGUGUAUGUUGCAUUUUUCAAAUAAUAAAUUUUAUUUUAUUUUUGACAAAUGUGAUGAAAGUUUAUGUACGUUGGAUUGGUUAAUUUAAAAU